AUGCAACCCAAUCGGCGUGUCGGCAAGGCUUGCGCGAGGUGCCGUCGACGAAAAGCAAAGUGUGGCGCCUGUGCUUCAGCGGGUGUUGAGUGCACAGGCUAUGACGCUUCAGUCGGCGGCGCCGCACCUCGAAGUGUGCUGGCGGAAUUGAAGAGCCGUAUUCAACAGCUAGAAUCACGCCUCGAAUCUCUCAGCUCUGCACACACUGCGAGCGACCCUUUCGGCAUUGGGAAAGCUCUUGAUGAACUGGAGUAUGCUACUGCGGAGUUGGACUCAAGAGCGGGUGCCAUGUGGUUCAAGUCUCGUUCUGGUGCCAGUGGCGCUUGUCGCGACUUCAGUCUCUGCGAGGAGCUCUUGUUGUCUUCUGCACCGUUCUUGAGCAUUCAGGCGAGCAGUUGCACCACCAAGAAUCUGGACGACAUUGAUCCAGCCGAGAACAGAGGAAGACCAUUGACAUCGGUCCCGGAGGAAGUCGUCAGGAUGUUGUUGAAGAAUUAUAAGGACACCUACCUCGCUCAAUAUCCUUUUCUGGAUGAAGACGAACUUGAUCAGUCCUUGUUACGAGUCAUGUCCACAACCGGAUCUGCGGGAGUUUCAGCGUCUCAUUUUGAUCAUUUCAGCUUAGGCAUGGCUCUUGCUAUUAGCGCUACGACCCUUACUCGGCUCGAUGGACAACGGGCAACAACCCUGGGUCGAGAGUUCUGGAAUGGUGCAAAGCUCCAUUUGCCCUUCAUUUUGGACGGACCUGGCCACGAGAUUCUACGUGCGAUGCUGCUGCUUGCUCAUUACGGAUUUCUCCAUCCUCAUGCCUGUGACCCCUUCAUGUGUUCCGGUGCUGCCAUGAGCCUGGCCCUUGAGAUGGGCUUACAACAUGAGGUAGCUGCUGACCGAGAUGGGCUGCUUAGCCAAAAGCAACGAGACGACAGGCGCAUACUUUUCUGGUCUACCUACAUAAUGAAUUGGCAAGUGCUCCCCCAAGUUGCCCAUCGCGACGCUAACCGAACCGGAAGCAACGUUCAUUACAUUCCAGCCCGGCCUUUUAAUUUGCCUGUUACCGAAGUAUCCACACAGCUCCCAUAUAUAUCGGCCAACGGCAUGCUUAACUCGUUUCUCAGCCAUUCUUCAUACGUCGCACCACACGUAUGGUCGGCAAGGAUGCUUGAGCUGGAGGCUCUAACCAUGAUGUACUCUCCUGGAUCGAACCAGAUGUCAUUUCAAGCAUUUCAAGACUGGCAGGCAGGGUUGAUCAGUCGGCUAGAAGCAUGGCAUAGCGCAACGCAUAGCAGUGUCGACGACGUUCUGGCGAAGACGAUACAGUUUGACGACAUCAUCUACCAUUUCCUCAUCUUUCGCUUGAACAGACCGUCUCCAGGUUACCCCGUCCCACACCUGGGUAUGCGACAACAGAGCAUAAGGUCUGCGCUGAAAGUUGUUCACAUCUACUCUAUUAACGACAAGAACGGGAUGUUGCUCUACUACUGGCACGCCGCUUACCACAUGUUCGAAUUGGGCGUCUUUCUCUUGUAUAUUAUGCUUGAGGCAACACAACGACACUUACCCCCGAGCGGUUUCGAAGUUGAUGACAUUGAACCAGGUAUACUUCUCAGAACUAUGGGCAUCAUCCUGGAUAUUCUGUGGAAGGCCGUGGGCCGGUGGCCAGAGACUGAGCCCAGUGUUCGACUACUGGAAAACGUGUCUUGCCCUGUUACAGAGGGAUUCAGACAGUGGACGCAGGGACAUAGCUGGCACCCGGGCUUGCUGGACACCGGGAUCAAGGCGUGGCUCGUCGAUCUGAACAAUAUAUGGAGUUUGCCAAUCCGGCAGGCUGGAACAAACAAUUAA